AAGAUUAACCAAGUUGUUGCACAGACAACACACUGAGGAAAGAGACCACUUUAUAGUCCAUUAUAGAUUUAAUGUCUUUUCUGUUCACAGUUAUGUCGCUGUAAUAUAACAGUUAAGCAGCAUUGAUCUGUUGCAUGCUGUGGAUGAUGAUUCAAGUUGAUGACAGCGAUGAGGUCAGUCUAUGUACUCAUGAUUUCUGCUGCAUCACACCUACCAACACGAUAUCAUCGUCAUCGUCAUCAUCACAAAUAUUACUCUCACACAGUUUCACUAAACUGUAGGUUUGAGCAAAUCUUAGGAGCAGACCCACAUAUUUACAGUGGAAAUGACAGAGACAUUACAUAAAAUACUCACAUAUGACUUUUUAUCCUGCUAGUAGCUACUUUUCACACCCUCCUCUUGCCAGUGUGUUUAUACACAAUUCUUAAAACAUGUUGAUCAUUUGUGAGAAUUUUACUGUUAUAAGAUGUGAAAAAAAGAUAUUUAUUUUGUGUGGAAAUUUGAUGUCUAGUAUACAGGACAUUUGGACAGUAUUUGAGAAUACAGUGUCCAUACUGCAUUACAUUCACUCUAAAAAAUGCUGGGUUAAAAAAAUAACCCAAGUUGGGUUAAAUAAUUGACCCAUUGUUUAAACAUUACUGUAUUGUGUCAAAUGAACCCAAAAUAGGUUGGAAAUGAACAUUUAUUAAUAUGUUUAAUAAGUGAACAUUUAUUAAUGGGUUUAAUUAAUAAUAAUGAAAUAAUAAGCAUGUAUUAAAUUGCUUAUUAAUAAAUGUUCAUCUUUUGAUUAUUAUUGUUGCCUCUAGUAGUCUGAUUUUUAUUUUCCAACCUAUUUUGGGUUCAUUUUAAGCCAGACAUUUUUAAACAAUAGUUGGGUUAAAUAAAACUACCCAGCACAUUGGACCAACAUUUAACCCAACCGCUGGGUUAAAACAACCCAAUCCCUGGGUUUGUCCAUAUUUAACCCAACUUGGGUUGUUUUCAACCCAGCAUUUUUAGAGUGUAAAAAUAAUAAUAAUAAUACAAUGCAAUAAUAUGACUAAAAAUAACAGUGUGUAAGCUGUUCUAGGAAAUAAUCAAUAUUAAAUGAGUUGUUCUUCAGUAAGACUCACUUAUUCAUAUGAUGGCACUUUACAGUAACAAAUGACUAAUUAGGGGAUUAAACAUGCAGUAUUAAUCAUUUUAUUAAUAUUUUAUCUGAUAAACCCAUUAGUUGAACAUUUUACAUGCAUGAAAUGCGCACUGUGCUGUCUUUUAAUCUUGCAAAACUGGCAAAAAGAUAAUUAAAUAUGCAGCAGUUAACAUUUUUAAUAAUGAAGCACUGUUUGUUUGUAAAGAACUGAACAAUAACAUCGCUGGAUAUCAUAAAUAAGAGCCUAAUAAAUGUAAAAGCAUGUAAGAAACACAUUUGCUUAGUGUGUAAGACUCCCCAAUAGGUGGCCUCAUAGACUUGAUUUAGGUUAUAACAUCUGGCAAACCAAAUAUGUGAGUUUUGCAACACAUCUCCUUAAUUCAGGUAGGCUGUCUCCUUAUUUUCGGUGUUAGGUGAACAUUAGUAGUAAAAAAAAAAAAAACCUGCUGAAUGCAGGUAAAUAAAUAAAUUAGCAAUUCAUUCACACAGAAGCACACUGAAGUGGAAAACUAUACCAACGAUAAAGAAACGUAGUCAUGUAAUUAAUCGCCUGACCAUAAAAUAAAGAUUUAAUUAAGAUGAACGGAUCAUGAAUAAUAAUAGGAUCGUAAUUUUAGAGGGCAUCGCGUGCACGUGCACAGAGUGUGCACACACUGUGUGUGACUCACAAUGUUUUGCUUUCCUUCAGCAUCGACUCUAAAACUGGACGACCUACUGUUAAGAGUAAUUUCUCAAGCCCCUCGGGCUCGGACACGACACAUCUCGGUGUUAAGUCUAUUUGUCAUGUCACUCGGUGUGCAAUCUCGCCACGCGCGCGCAGCAAGCAAACGACGCGCAUUCGUCGCGUGGAGCUCGUGCUGCUCUGGCAUCCUGAUGGAAUAACACCUGAUCUUCGACAGGAUGAAGGUGCGCUGCAGUCAAGUUUUCCUUCUAGUUCAUUUAAAUGAAUCAUUCUCUACGGACAAGACGGUUCAAAGUGCAAACUGUGCAACAUAACUCGGAUAAAUGCACAAAAGAAGCUCUUCGGUAUUACCUAACAGAACUGCAGGAACAGGUUAUUGCUCACUGGAAUCUAAAACGUCCUCUUGUUGCAAAAGGACUCCUACCACAAAUAUAUAAGGGAAGGCUAAAAACUUAAGUAAUUAGUUGAACUUAUCUGAACAGUUUCGAUGGAUGCAGGAUCACUGAUAUGCUACAAUGAUAUUAUGAUCAACUGAACUGAACCCGAAGGACUUUAUUGACCACUCUCCACUUUUUAUGCAAUGGAACAUGAACUGGAAAUAUUAACUUUGGUAUGAAAAUGUCUUAAGAAGAACCCACGGUCAACAUUACCUGACAUGUGACAGGUCUGACGGACUCUAAGAUGAAGUGUUUGAACACUUGCAUUGAUCUUUAAUGCACAGCAUUAUGGCAGUGAUGGAUUUGAACUUCACAACAGUAAUUGAUAGCGGUUUCAUGGAAAGCGACCGGUCCUCACGGGUCCUGACCGGUUGCUUUCUUUCCGUUCUAAUCCUUUCCACUCUAUUCGGGAACACACUGGUUUGUGCAGCUGUCACAAAAUUCCGCCACCUGCGCUCUAAAGUCACAAACUUUUUUGUCAUCUCGCUGGCGGUGUCAGACCUGCUGGUGGCCAUCCUGGUCAUGCCCUGGAAGGCUGUGACAGAGGUAGCCGGCUUCUGGCCGUUCGGUGCUUUCUGUGACAUUUGGGUGGCUUUCGAUAUCAUGUGCUCCACAGCUUCCAUCCUGAACCUCUGCGUUAUCAGCGUGGACCGAUACUGGGCCAUUUCCAGCCCGUUCCGCUACGAGAGGAAGAUGACUCCCAGGGUGGCCUUUGUGAUGAUCAGCAUGGCUUGGACGCUGUCUGUGCUCAUCUCCUUCAUCCCAGUGCAGCUCAAAUGGCACAAGGCUCAGCCAGCGAGCUUCUCCGAGGUCAACGCGUCUCACAGGGCUCUGCUGACGGACAACUGCGACUCCAGCCUCAACCGGACGUACGCCAUUUCCUCAUCGCUCAUCAGCUUCUACAUUCCCGUCGCCAUCAUGAUUGUAACGUACACUCAGAUUUACAGAAUCGCCCAGAAGCAGAUCCGAAGGAUCUCGGCUUUGGAAAGGGCUGCGGAAAAUGCCAAGAUCCGCCAUGACAGCAUGGGCAGCAACUCCAACGUGGACUCCGAAAGCUCCUUCAAACUGUCGUUCAAAAGGGAGACGAAAGUCUUAAAAACAUUGUCCGUCAUAAUGGGGGUUUUUGUGUGCUGCUGGUUGCCAUUCUUCAUCCUGAACUGCAUGGUGCCAUUUUGCAAGCGCACUUCGACUGGUCUCCCCUGCAUCAGUCCAACAACAUUUGAUGUUUUCGUCUGGUUCGGAUGGGCCAAUUCUUCUCUCAACCCCAUCAUAUACGCCUUCAAUGCCGACUUUCGCCGAGCUUUUGCCAUCCUUUUGGGGUGCCAGAGACUCUGUCCAGGAACCAACAGCAUGGAGACACCGAGCCUGAACAAGAACUGAAAAGCAAUGCUCAGUGUGUGAGCCCAUGUCACACCAUUCCUUUGCCAAGGAAAUGGAUUUGGGAUUAAGACUCUGGGAAGAGAGCCCUCCUGCUGCGCUGGAGAGCAGGGAAAGCGGUUGCGACGUCCCUUAAGCAAGGCUAAUCUCUAUAAAAAGCUAUGCUUUCCCGAAGAAUGACGCAAAGGUGGUCUGUGUUCCCAGUGUCUAUUUCAGACGACAGAUUAUUGAAUCCACAAGUGACUUGCAGAAAUUAGAGAAGCGAUAUUUUGUCAAAAGAAAUAUAGAUGUUUCUUUGAAUGUUUUUCAGAGGUUGAAUUUGAAAGAAACUGUACAGCAAUACUGUUUGUGCUGGGCAAAACUGCAAUACACUUGUGUAUUUACUGCAAAUGAGUGGAUCAUUCCAUUAAUAUCUGAAUUAUCGCUGAAUAAAUGACCAUUUCAGGCAUUUCCAAUAAAAUUCAGUGUAAUCUGAAUCUAAUACAUCACUGCUUGAUAAACAUCUAUCUCAUCCUCUCCACUCUCAUUACAUUUCCUUUACAUCUUGCCUUAUUCAUGAGACUUCACAUUUUUUUCCAAAACAAGAGGGCAGAUGGUCAAUCAUGAGAUGGCCAUCCCAUUAUUGCCAUAAUGAACAUGUAUAUUGUUCUGUGGUACUUGUUCUCUUCAGAGCCUCUGAUUCAUUAUUAAACUGUGAAAGCUAAACACUACGACUGGCAGAACAGAUGGCCAUAAAAUAAAAAUGCAGAUGUGGCCGUGCGCUCAGUUACGGUCAUCAAGUAAUAGAUACGUUAUUGUUGAGAUUGUAAUUAUGUUCUGAAAGCGUAUGGGGCCUUUAGUACAAAAUAACACUGGAUUGUUAUCUGUCUGUGGAUGUGAUGCAAUGUGCCAUGUGAUAAUGUAGAAAAUGAGAACAUCUGCGGCAAACUGAAUGUAAUUAAUUGUGAUGAGUCUAACUAUGUGGUUAACAGAUAUUUUCAUGCUUUCGCAACAUAAUUUGGUGCUGAUACCUGUAUUUCACAGUACUACAGUUAUUGUUGUGGUGUUUAGAGAAAUACACUGAUUCAGUCGUUUAGCAUUACCAUGUUGAAGUAGAAUUAUAGUUAACUAAGAAUUGACAACUGAUGAGAAAGUACAUAUGUAACGCAACCAUUAAGUUAAUUUCAUUGGCUUUUGGUCAAUUAAAUGUGUUCAUUCUU